AUGCCUUCUCAACGAAACAACGAAAAGGCUCAACAACGAAAGAAGGCACUCGAUGCCCUCGAAGCACGUCGUGAAGCAGCCGAGAAGAAGGAGCUCGACAUGGCCACAAAAGCUGACGCGAAAACUACCGAAGAGUCGGUUAGUCAAGCUGGUGCAUCGAGUUCUGCCGUCCCCGUCCCAUCCUUGGACUCCCUUCCACGCAUCAAAAAGAAGACAGGAACCUCGAUGGCCGAGAAAAGAGCCGCCGAGGAAGUUGCUGCUGCUGAGAAACAGAAGCGCGAGAGAGUAGAGAAGGAAGAAGGGGAAAUUACCAGCGAUGAUGAGUACAUCAAUCGCUUGGUUAAGAACAAUAAACUCCGAAGACCUGUUCCAGAAAAGACUACAUCCAGCAAGGCUAAGUCAUCUGUGUCCACUUCCUCUCGCGCAUCCAAGAGCACCAAAGACCAAACGGUGUCAAACAAUAUGAACACGAGCGUCGAAAAGGUCCAAAGCGAGGCACCACAAGGCCGUCGUAAGCGCAUGACUCCUCAAGAGAAAGAGGAAGAUGACUUGAAGAUACUUGGUAUUAAGACAAGAUCGUCCUCAAGCAAACCCUCGUCUAAGCAUAGACGUGCAGAAGAAGCCGACGAGAGCUCAGGAGAGGAGAUUGCUGCCCCAGCCAGAAAGCGCCAGACGACCGAAGCUACUGGAGCUAAAAAGGCAAUGCACAAGGGAGGUAACUCUUCUAACGCUCAAGCAUCCAAAGGAAAGCGUGCAAGAGAAGCCGAAGAAGUCUCUGAAGAGGAAAUUGAUAGAUCCCAGAAGAGGCGAAAGGAGAGUGCUCCGGCUCCUGCGAAGCGCACUCCAUCUGUAAAGGAGACAAAGUAUCGUCUAGAUCCUAACGCUCCAAAGGUGAUGACGUUCGGUGCUCCACAACCUUCUAAGAAGAAGGUAGCACCAAAGAAGGCACUCGCAGGUCCGGCAAAGAUUGCAUCUGUUUCCGAGAAGAAGGAAGUCAGCAAAAAGGCCGAGAAAAAGGCUCCGUCAUCUACGACAGUGACGGCUACCACAUCGAAAUCCCGAACUAUUUCGGGUACUUCCACCUCUACCAGACCUUUGACUAAAGCGUCGACGAUGACAGCUGAGUCUACCCAGAGUCCACCUCGGGAUUUCACCAGCGUAUCCGACAGGAUCAAAUCCCGUCGUCGAGGUACUUCUGCUGCUUCCGGCGCUGAGACUAUUCAAUCAUCUUCAUCAGUACCAUCCACUGUGGCAGCAAGAACAGUGUCUCGUAGCUCUCGGAGCUCGAAGACAUCGAGCGUGGCUCCAUCUACGCUAGCAUCAAGGAAGUCCUCCGUCAACAGACUUUCACCGCCAACACUUUCUCGCAUUGUCGAAAGAAAACCUGCAAAGCGUCUCGAGCAGAUCGAAGAAGAGAAGAUCGCAAGUGAGAUGCAGGAAAACACUGAGCGAGAGAGUGUGGAGGAGCUGAAGGAGCCAGAAUCCGCGGUCGAGUUGGACUCUGAACAAGAUACAUUGUUGAAGGCAGACUUUGAUGGUUGCAUGGCUAGACUCGACCCCAAGACUGCUGCUGUAGUCCAGGAACAACAGCAAGAGAUUGAUCGAGUCCCCGAAGGAGCUAGAUCGCAAGCUGUCGAGGUAAAUGACGAGUCAGAGCAGUCUGUUGGAAAGAUCGAUGAGUCUAACGCAUAUGAGAAUGCGGUUGAGACCACCAAAGCCCCAUCAUCGCCAAACUUGGCAACUUCUGACGAUGUCGAAGAGGGAGACUCUGAUCAUCUAGAGAUUGACUUCGAAGAGGCUUUUAAGGCUGAGGAACCACAGCAAUCAGCUGGACAGCAGUUGAAGAACCUAUCAGCUGCAUCAAUUACUUCACCACACAUCUCAGCAGAUAGUGGUGCAUUGACAGAGCAGCCCUGGAUUGCUACUGGCAUUGACUCUCCUAAGUACACUGAGGAUGGGGUCCCUCCACAGAAUCGCAUGACUGAAAUUCCAUCAGUCAUUGCCACAUAUGAACGAGGCUAUGUAUCCGAUAGCUCGGAUGCAUCCGUUGAGGAUCCAGACUCGGAUGAUGAUGUUGUCGUGACCAAAAAGGUCAGCCCAGUACCAACUCCAGUUCUUUCUGACCCUUUUGAAGAGGGUAAUUUCGAUGAACUGGAACUUGAUUUGGAUCGGGAGCUUGAGAUCGAGGUACUUCAACAGGACCACGCGAAGAAAGUUCAAUUGGAGUCCAUUGAGUCUCUAGAGGAGCAAGACGAACUUGAUGAAGAUGCUUUGGAGGAUCAGUUUAAAGCUGAUUUUGAGGCUGCUUUCGCAAGGAAGGACAAUCAGCAUUCCUCGUCGGAUACUUCGUUUUCUCCAGCAAAUGCUUUGGAAGCAUCCGUGGAGCAGCCUUCUUCUAGUUUCACAGCUAACGAUCAAGUUGAAGCUGAAGUUUCUGGUCCCAAGGAAGCUACAGCAGAGGUUAAACUAUUACGUGGUUUACCUCCACUUGACGAAGCAAGCAAUCUCAUCGAGCCCUGUUGGUCCCCAGAUGAUUCUGACUCUGACUCCGAAUCCGAUGACGAUGUGGAAAUGUUGGAAAAUGGUCCCUCUGAGGUCAUCUCCGUAGAUGAUAUACCUCAAUCCGAGUCCGCUGAAGACGAGGAUAGCAUCAUGUUGGAUGUUGAUAACGCGGAUGAGAUCUUCCGGAGGAAUAGGGUCCCGGUGGAACUCGCCACCGAAGCUGCCGAGUCGGAAUCAAUGAAUUACGACCAAUUAAUUGCCAACGUCCGGGCUAAGAGGGAAGAGACUAUGCUCUGGGAAGAAGAGACUCAAUUAGAGCUUUCUAUAACAUUCGAGUUGGAUCGCGCAGGUAUUUUACGCGAAUUGGGUGUCUCUGAGGAGCGCAUCUCCGCUUAUAUGGAGACGCACCAGAGAUAUGAGAAUGUUGCAGUUCCUGAGCCUGCCAAGCCAGCUGAUAAUGAGAUGGAGGUAGGCUGGGACGACAAUGACGAUGACGACUCCUCGGAUGAUGUCUACUUAGAUCGAGACAAGGUAGGCAGAUACCAAGGAUUUCUCGCCGGGGUGUUCAUCCUUUUGGGCCCAUCAACUGGUGAUGGAUUCGUCUUUGCCUUCGUUUCUGCUUUGGUUCUCAGAUUUGAGCCUGGAUUAUUAGCUGGCACUCCAAACGUCUAA